CACACGCGCACACGUGAUGUAAAGAGACAAAGGUGUUUCAAGUGUCAAAUAAACAAAUAUAUAUAUAUAUAUAUAUAAAGAAAUAUACAAAGAUUCUGAUGUAUGUAUACUUCAAAAUUCUUAAGCAAUUGAUUGACACCGAAGUGCCGCUUAAUCAUUAUAGCGAUUAAACUUGAUUCUUUUUGCUAAUCGAGGUAUUUACUAUGGUUUCCGCUUGGGAGGAAUUUUAUGCCAAACAACCACCGCCCCAAGAUUUGACAGAGAAUGAAAACAAACUUAAAGAAUUCACUCAGAAGCAUUUAAAAGAUGGCAAUAAGAUAGCGUUGGUGACGAGCGGAGGUACAACAGUGCCGUUGGAACACAACACGGUCAGGUUUGUUGAUAAUUUUUCAGCGGGAACAAGAGGAUCCGUUUCGACGGAAUAUUUUCUAGAACACGGAUACGCGGUUAUUUUUCUAUAUAGAAUUAAGUCCUUGGAGCCGUACUCAAGGCAUUUUGUAGGUCAGAAGUUCCUAGAUUUGCUUCAGAUAUCAGAUAACAGUGAAAAUCCUGUUGUAACAGUAUUACCGGAACACACACGGACGGUGGUAACGAUAUUGCAAAAAUACAAAGACGCGUUGGAUCGGCAAAAAUUGCUACAACUCACCUUCACAACUCUGUCCGAAUAUCUCUAUCUGCUUCGUUCCGCUUGUCAAGCUUUGGCGCCGCUCGAAAACAAAGCUCUCUUGUAUCUGGCAGCGGCAGUUUCCGACUUUUACAUUCCUCCUAACGAAAUGUCAGUUCACAAAAUUUCCUCGAGCGGACCGCCAACGAUAUCUCUUCAAUUGGUUCCGAAAAUCUUAGCUCCUUUGGUCAGCUUGUGGGUGCCCAAGGCAUUUGUGAUUUCUUUCAAAUUGGAAACGGACGAAAGUUUACUGAUCUCCAAAUCGCGAAACGCUUUGAACAAGUAUCAUCACAAUCUCGUAAUAGGCAACAUGUUGCACACCCGGAAACAAAAAGUGGUAAUUGUGAGCAAAGAAACUGAAUACGUCUUGUCGCUUACGAACGAGCAAUUGAACAACGGCGAAGAGAUCGAGCAGUUGAUAGUGAGCGAUCUCAGUAAAAAACACACGCAGUUUAUGUCCAACGAAGUUAGUUGAUCCGCUUUGCCUUAGGCUGUACUACGUGCAUUUUUAUUAGAAAUGUAUUUAAAAAAAAAAUAAAAAGAGGUAAAUUGAUCUUUGCGGUGAAAUGGGAAGAAUCUUAAAAAAAAAAAAAAAAAAAAAAAAAACAAAUGUUCUAUCACAUACUUUUGUGUAUAUAUAAACUGUAUCAUUACUGUGAAGCAAAAACCAGGUGUAUAGACCUCGGUUACACGAAGAAAUAUCGCUAUUUUAUAUAAUAAAUAACUUAUCUACAAAAAUUUUUACAUCGCCUGCUUCUCUCUCCCACAGAAAUAACAAACCGAAUACAAAUAAUAAAAUGUUUUUCCACGCCUUUAAGGAGGCCCCCCCUAAAAACAUAAACAACCGUCACGACUCCCAAGUCUCCAAUUUGUUUUUCUUACUUUAUCGACCGUUUUAACUCGACAACAUUUAAACAUCCCUAAUUUUUAACUUGUAUUGAGAAGAACACAAGUGUUCAAAAAAAAAAAAAAAAAA